UUAUUUCUGAGGGUAAGUGGGAGGCAUGGAGUAAAACCCAGUAGGAGUGCAAUCUUGGACAAAGCGAGUACAUCAAAGUAGCAGUAAUAUUAAGCAUCCAAUGAGUGAAGAUUCUUGCUAGCAGCCUGCCUGAGACGGGAGAUAUAAAAGUGCUGAAAGAGAAGUCUACACUGACUGAGUGUCAGAGCUGCAUAGCCACAGCACUUGUCAGGAGCACCUGCUGUUGUUUUGGCUGAUAAUUUCUGCAUUUUGUUCACAGUUAUGAAGAUUGCACUAUGGAAAGCAAAUGAACGCUCAUUAAGCCUCCCAUUGACUGGACACACAAUAUUGUUUCAUAGAUGAGCUAUUUCUGAAUCUGAAGAAAGAAGCAGCAUUUCAGAAAUGGUUAUUCAUUAUAUAUGGCUCUUUCUCCCAUACUUAGCUACUGCCUUUGAGAGAUCAGCAAAGCUUCCCAUCAACAGAAGUUUUGAAGCAUCUUUUGAAAUACCCAACAUCUCCAGUUUUUUUUCCUGGAAUAACUACACACUUGCUGACUGGCAGAGCUUUGUGGGCAGGAGAAGAUAUGGGGCAGAAUCUCAAAAUCUUACAAUGAAAGCCCUGCUCAUUGUGGCAUACUCCUUCAUCAUAGUGUUCUCGCUCUUUGGGAAUGUCCUGGUCUUUCACGUCGUCAUUAAAAACAAAAGGAUGCACUCCGCUACCAGCCUGUUUAUUGUGAAUCUAGCUGUAGCAGACAUAAUGAUAACGCUGCUCAAUACUCCCUUUACGUUGGCUCGGUUUGUGAACAGCACAUGGAUAUUCGGAAAGGGGAUGUGUCACAUCAGUAGAUUUGCACAAUACUGCUCCCUCCAUGUCUCUGCUUUGACUCUCACAGCAAUCGCAGUGGACAGACACCAGGUUAUAAUGCAUCCUCUGAAACCUCGUGUAUCCACUGCAAAAGGCAUUGUCUACAUCUCUGUCAUCUGGAUUAUGGCAACGUGUUUCUCCCUCCCACAUGCUAUUUAUCAAAAACUAUUCACUUUUGAAUACAGUCCUUUUAUCUGCAGUGAAGACGUCACCCAAUGCCUAUGUCUCCCAGAUUUCCCUGAACCAGCUGACCUCUUCUGGAAGUACCUAGACUUAACAACGUUCAUUUUGCUCUACAUUCUGCCCCUUUUAAUCAUCUCUGCUGCCUACCUGAGAGUGGCCAAGAAACUCUGGCUGCACAAUGCCAUUGGGGAUGUGACCACGGAGCAGUACUUCGCUCUUCGGAGGAAGAAGAAAAAGACCAUUAAGAUGCUGAUGUUGGUGGUUGUCCUCUUUGCCGUUUGCUGGUUUCCUUUAAACUGCUACGUCGUCCUCCUUUCCAGCCAAACUAUUCGUACCAACAAUGCCCUGUACUUUGCUUUUCACUGGUUUGCAAUGAGCAGCACCUGUUAUAACCCCUUCAUUUACUGCUGGCUCAAUGAACAUUUCAGACUGGAACUGAAGUCUUUGCUCAACAUGUGCAAAAAAACACCUAGCCCGAAAGAGCACAGGCUUCCAUCCACAGUUCCAUCCUACAGAGUAGCCUGGCCAGAAAACAGCAACUUCAAGCGGUCUCAGGUCUCCCAUGUCCUUCCAUCAACCUCCAAUCUCCAGUCAGGGAAGACAGACAUCACUUCAGUUGAACCUAUAGUAGCCGUGAGUUGAAUGAUGCAAUAAAAUGGGAGCACAUGGGGUAUGCGCCAGGAUUGCAGGUGGAUUGGGUGAAAGCUGACGAGUGUGAUGAAGAGAGACAGGAAUCCUUGACUACUUUACUAGAGUGCACACACCAAUGUGCAUGCUGUUUGUGUUGAGAACCCAGAACCAUAGGAAUCAAUGCAUUCCUAUCAGCAAGAGAGUUAUCUCUUUAAUGCAGACUGGUAGUAUAUCUAUACAGCCUCCAAAGAGAAGACAGACAGCACAGCCCUUGAAAAGGGGGAAGAAAACCCUUUUAAUUGUCAGACUGAUUUUGAACUGGCGACUAGCAAAGAACUCUGUGUAUUGUUAUCCAUCGGUAAUGCUGUCCAAUCCAGUCCUUUUUCCUAGGAGGUUUGUGUGUGUGUUGCCUGUUGUUGAGCUAGAACCAAAACACUGAAACCAUUAUCUAAGUACAUCGAGUCUCACUGUUAAAAAUGUCUUGAAGUGAACAUGGGAUUGAUGAAGAGACAAUUUCACUGUUAUGGCGCUAAAUCCAGCCCAAUUUAGUAGUGACAGAAAGCUGUUACCAUGGGUCACAGGCUGGCUGGCUGUUUAAGGCAAGCCAAGCUCAGCCUUGCCUAUGACCUAGCAGCCAUCCCCCACUGAUGGUGAUAUAGUAACUUAAUGCUAAUUCCUGACCCCAGCUGUGAAAGGGUUAGGAGAAGACUGUACAGCCAGGGAGGGAGAGGUUGCAGAGAAGGUAAGACUCUCCUGCAGGUAGGCAGAACUCAAAGGGAGCAGCACCGCUUCCUGUCGGGGAAAGCCUUAAGCUACAGCUACAAGGAGCAGGGAGAUCCCUAGGGGAAGCUGCCAAAGUCCCUGCGGAAGACUUCCUAGUGUUCAGCAGAGAAGGGAAAAGCCUGAGUACCAAAUGGAGGCUGGGUUAAGCAGAGGCUGAAGGAAAGCAGCCUAAGGGGGAUUUAGAGACAGGAAGUGGCCCAGGGAAUCAGCAGCAUGUCUGAAGCAGCAAAACCAACCGCUUAAUACAGUCCCCUGGGUGGGCCUUAGUUUCCCUACCAGCCUUGAGGAAGGGGCACACAAGCCCCAUUGCAGGGGCAGAUUAGGCUCCUGUGAGGGAGGCUCAGAGGGAAGGCCUGUGAGGACACUUCAGUGCAGCCUUAGAGGGACAGAAGAAUUAUUAUUUGGGUGUUUAGCUUGGACCUUUCAUUACUCCUGAAGGGGACUGAACUUAGGUGACUGGGCCGGAGGGCCAAGCCAUGAAAGACCUGGUGAGAAGGAGAGGACCAAGCAGAGGUGCUGGGGAUGAGGAUCCCUUGCAGUGUUGCACUCUGACACAAGGGAGCGCUACAUGUGAUUAGUACACUACCUUACACCUUGUAAUGGCUCUUCAUUGGCCAGUGUGAGAUAUGGUUUGGUCUCAGUCCAUUUCCAAGUGAAUUAGUGUCUGCAUCACAAGCGCCAUCACCCAAAUUAUCAUCAGAGAUGCCCUAGGUUGGAUGGAUAUGGAAAAAUGGAGCUGUCCUAUUACCCCAAUAGAUGCUUCUGUAAGGCAGAGUUGAGGCACACUGAUGGAAGAAACUGUACUCUUAAAAAUACAUAAACAAACAAAGGAUGACUUUGGACUUCUGGCUGACAGUUCAUCAAAUUUUGCCAGGAAUUUUUUUAAGGAAAUCUAGUUACAGUCCCAUCAAAUUAAUUAAAUGAAAGAAUAUUUAGGAGGUUCUUAUGGUCAGAGAAUUAAAAUCAGGAAAUCAUUUCUUAGUGCAUUGAAAGUACAGCACAAGCUCAUUUAGAACAGUAAUGUUUACAAACCAAUUUGUAUUUGAUUUAGAAUCUUAUUUACCAGAGUAUCUCUGCAUCAUCAUCACGUAACAGCUAAAGAAUCCUGCAACUUCCCCCUAGAAUUUAGCAUUGCUCCCUUGCUCUGUAAUGCAACUGUAUAGCUGUUCUCAGUUCAGAGACUGAGGGACUAUAUAUUUUCUCUUCUAAAAUGCUGUAUAUUACCUCUUUGGAAUCGUGGACACACAAAUUAUCUGCUUUAAAAUAGCAGGACAGAUGGUGUAUGAUACCAAGCAAGGAAACUCCAGAGCCUCCAGAAGCCGUAUCGUAGACGGUGAUGUUUACCUAUGUGUUCAUGAUGCGGAAAGCAGCUGGCCAUUAUCAGUGUCUUACUAUCCAAAGGUGUCCCGUUCUACAUGAAACACUCAGCAGCUAGCAGUAAAAGGAAAGAGAAUGAAAAUAACAUGAAUGGAAAGAGAAACCAGUUGUAACUGAUGUCUUGUACCAGUUUCUAGUGCCUUUGACUUGUGCAAG